GGUGCAGAGUCAGAGGAGAGGUUAAUGAACUGGCUGCUGCAUAAGGAGCGGUACAACAAGCUGAUCCGUCCUGCCAUCAACCGAACGGAACGUGUCACCAUCAGACUGCAGGUGUCCCUUGCCCAGCUCAUCAGCGUGAACGAGAGGGAGCAGAUCAUGACGACCAACGUCUGGUUAACUCAGAAUUGGAUUGACUACAGACUUUCAUGGGAUCCCUCCGAAUACGAUGGGAUAGACAAGAUAAGAAUUCCUUCACGACACAUAUGGCUCCCAGACAUCGUGCUGUACAACAAUGCGGAUGGCACAUAUGAAGUCACUGUCUUCACCAAUGUCAUCGUCCAGUUCAACGGGAGUAUCUUCUGGCUCCCACCAGCCAUCUACAAGAGCGCCUGCAAGAUUGAGGUGAAGCACUUCCCCUUCGACCAGCAGAACUGCACACUCAAGUUCCGCUCAUGGACCUACGACUACACUGAGAUCGACCUGGUGCUGAAGAGCGAUGUGGCCAGCAUGGAUGACUUCACCCCCAGUGGGGAAUGGGACAUUCUGGCCCUCCCAGGCAGACGGACAGUCAACCCUGCAGAUCCCACCUAUGUGGAUGUCACCUAUGACUUCAUCAUCAAGAGGAAACCCCUCUUUUACACCAUUAACUUGAUCAUCCCAUGUGUGCUCAUCACCUCGCUCGCCAUCCUGGUCUUCUACCUGCCUUCCGACUGUGGUGAAAAGAUGACCCUCUGCAUCUCUGUGCUGCUGGCACUUACUGUCUUCCUGCUACUGAUCUCCAAGAUCGUGCCCCCCACAUCGCUGGACGUGCCCCUGAUCGGAAAAUAUCUGAUGUUUACCAUGGUGCUAGUGACCUUCUCCAUCAUCACCAGUGUGUGUGUGCUCAAUGUACACCACCGCUCACCCAGUACCCACACCAUGCCAACCUGGGUCAAACUGCUCUUCCUCGUAAAGCUCCCUGGCCUGCUCUUUAUGAGACGCCCGCAGAACAACUCUGCGCGACGGUGUCUUCGAGAGCAGCGGCGGCUCCGGGAGCAAAGGGACGCGCUAGGCAUGGCGUGCUCAACCCCUCCCCCAAAAACUAUCUCGUCCUCUUCCGUGCGCUCUACACUGGGGCGAUCGGGGGGCAAGAGCACAGCCCCGUUUGCACUCAAUUCGUCCCUAAGGAAGGGCGAACCACGUCCCACAGAUCCCCACACAGAUGGGCUCUCCUCAUUGUACAAUCUGCAUCAGCGAGCGCUUUCGGACUGGGGGGCCGAUGUGCAGGAGGCUGUGGACGGCGUGCGAUUUGUAGCUGACCACAUGAUGGGAGAUGAUGAUGACCAGAGCGUUAUCGAGGACUGGAAGUAUGUGGCCAUGGUGGUGGACAGGAUGUUCCUCUGGAUCUUUGUCAUCGUGUGUGUGGUGGGCACCCUGGGGCUCUUCCUGCAGCCCCUCUUUCAGCAGCAGCCCAUGCCGAUGCAGCAGCACAGCAGAGAGACGCCGAGGAGAGACGGACAUCGACGCUGA